UGAUCAGGAUGGGCUACAUAACCGCUGACUACGCUCUUUUCGACUUGCCGUCUCGUACCUUGUACUUAGAUCAACUUAUCGUUGACUCCUUAUUUUUUAAUAUUUAUUGUUCGCUUAUUAAUAAUGGCUAGCUUAAGUUUGUGCGCCAUUGUUGUAAUGAGCCUGGCCAUCUGCUCGGCUAUGCCAAACCCUCAAGAUGCUGGACAACAAGCAGAGAAACCAGGGCAAGCCCCGGCUACUUACACUAAUAAAUAUGACAAUUUCGACGUAGAUAAAGUAUUAAACAACGGUCGUAUUCUUACAAGCUAUAUCAAGUGCUUGAUGGAAGAAGGACCAUGCACCAACGAAGGACGAGAAUUGAUAAAAUACUUGCCAGACGCAUUAAAGACAAACUGUAUUAAGUGUACCAAAGUUCAAAAAGACACGUCUGAAAAAGUAUUGAAAUUCAUGAUGAGUAAUCGUAGCGCAGACUUUGAACGCUUAUCCGCCAAAUAUGACCCAACCGGAGAAUACAAAAAGAACUUAUUGAAAUUAGAAAAAGAAAGAGACGAACAACUCAAAAAACAGACACAAUAAAAUUUAUAAAUAUUUUCAUUGUAAAUUUUUUUUGUUUUUAUUUUUUUCUAUAUUUUAUCUUCCGUGCUAUUGUUUCACUAGCAUACUGUUAAUGACUAAGUUGGAAUGUUUCUACUAAAAAUAUUCUAUUAGAAUAAUUAAUACUUAUGCAUUAAUAUUUAUGAUAAACUAUGUACUAUUGUAAGAUUUUCGAUACUUAUAACUUUUUAAUGUAUUUUUUAUAAUAAAAAUAUUUAAACUUAUAAAAA